AUGGCUAGUGGUUAUAGUGAAGGAAACUAUGUUUACAACGUUAGGCCAUACCUUUCUCAAGCCUAUUGUCUGUCUGACGACGGGCUAGAAGACGAUGUCUGCGUUUGGGGAGACGGCCCAACACAUUCUGAGAUAUUUAUGAGUGAAGAACGGCUUUCAUUCUAUGAUGAACCGAAUCAUCCUACUUUAAAUAAGAAAAAUGCCCAAGGAGAUGAAAUCCCGGUAAUCGCGCACGAUGUCGUGAGUGAAUCCGGGAGCGACGAAACGGAAAAGGCGGGAACGUCCGCCCAGGAUCCAGUCGGAUUGACUAACGAGCAAUACCUACAGCGACAGACUGCCGAUGCUCUCUUCACCACCCAAAAGAAUCUGACAAGGAUGUUGCAGUUCAUCUUAAAAUUAGAGCGCCGCGCGGGAAAGGUCACCAAAGAGGGCAUUCGACAGACCCUUGACGCGACUGUCGCUAGUAGCACCAAAACAUCUGAACAGGAUCGUUUCCUUUCUCAUUACGAGGAGAUAGAGAACUUAAAAAUACUGAGUGAAAACGCAUGGAAGCGCUUAUACCUUGUCGAUAGACAAUGGCGAAGACAACACCGCCAAGAGCACAAUGGCCAGGAACCCCAAGAAAACCAUACAAUACAGAUCGAAAGCGAACCGGGUGUAAAAGCCUGGCUUCAAGAAGAGGUAAGGAUCAACGACACGGUGGGCGAAGACCCCUGUUACUACACAGUCGCGGAUCUAGCCAGUGGUCGCAGCUUCGAGGACUGGGUCGCUUACCUGCGACGCUUCUGUAAUUUCAAGGAUCACCCCGCCGAUGAGGCUAAAUUAGUAGAUCUGGCUUGGCGAUUUUUAGAUCGUAGUCUCCGAGCCCCACAACUUAGUAGUGCUGCACGGGCGAGUGAUUUUGUUCUUCAGCUUGAGGAGAAAUCGCGGAGUGGCGCUUUUAAUGAGGCGCUUGAGAACCCUGGGAGGCAAGUAGAAGAUGAUAAACAGGCUUGGAAGAUUAUUAAAAGGUGUUUAGGGUCAAAGAUUCACCAUUAUUCAUAG